CAAACCAAAAACUUUCUAUAAAAUAGAACUCCGACGACUCCAAUUCCAAAUUUCCAACAUAAUCGAGAUUUUAGGGUUCGUCCAUACUCUUUCCUUACUUCUGAUAACUAUCCGAUCCAUUGGCGUGAGGGAGAAACAAAGAUGCCUCAGAGGCACUCGAAGAACAACAAUGAUCUCGCUUUCUUCACUUACGACGAGAAGCGCAAGCUAGGCUACGGCACGCAGCGGGAGAGGCUUGGCAAGGACUCCAUCAAGCCUUUCGAUGCCUGCUCCCUCUGCAUCAAGCCCCUCAUCGACCCCUUGUGCUGCCUUAAAGGCCACGUAUUCUGUAAGGAAUGCAUUCUCGAGUGCCUUCUUUCCCAGAAGAAGGACAUCCAGAGGAGGCUAGCUGCUCAUACUUCUCAGCAGAAGCAAGAAAAGGAAGAGGAAGCAGAGAAGCUAAUGUUGCAGAAAGCCAGAGAACUUGAUGCAUUUGAUCAGCAAAACCAUGGUGCAGUGCCACAGUACAAUGAUAGAAACCACAGCCAAGACAAGAAUGGCUUCCACGGGGCAAAUAGUGUGAAGGUCACUUCUUAUGAGGAAGAGGCUCUUCGGACAAUGAAGGCAUUUUGGCUACCUUCUGCCACGCCUGAAGCUCCUGUUAAAGUAGAAGCCCCCUCCAUUAGUACAGUCUGUCCACAAGGCAAUGAGAAACUCAAGCUGAAGACUCUCUUCCCUAUCUACUUCACUGAAGACACUAGCGACCAGAAGAAAUCCAAGUUUCUCGAGAAGACCCAUAUCUGCCCUAGCUGCAAGGUUACUUUGACCAAUACAUUGUCACUUGUGGCCCUUAGCUCGUGCGGGCAUGUCUUCUGCAAGAAGUGUGCUGACAAGUUUAUGGUGGUUGAUAAGGUUUGUCUGGUCUGCAACAAACCAUGUAAAGAGAGGAAUUUGGUGAACUUGGAGAAAGGUGGGACAGGCUUUGCUGGCCAUGGGGAUCACCUUGAAGCCACGGCCUUUAAGCAUUUGGGGAGUGGUUCGGGAUUGGGUUUGACGAGACCUGCGAUGAAAACUUGAACUGCUGAAUUUCUUUCGAUAAACUGUACACAACUACCCUUGUCCCAAAAGAGCAAAACGUGCAGCAAGUUGCUUCUGUUUUGAUUUAGAUUGCCGACAUUACCCUUGGUGCUUAAUCUGUUAUUGGGGUUUUUAUUCUGUGAUUAGGGAUUACUAAUGCAUCCUUAACCCCCCCCCCCCCCUCUCUCUCUCUCUCUCUCUCUCUCUCUCUCUCUCUCUCUCUCUCCCCCAUCGCUCCUUUGUCAUCUGUAAACCUUAGUAAUGCUAUGCAGUUUGUUCAACCCUA